GGUCAAUUCUAGCGGUUGCUGGUGAAGAUUUUGCAGUUAUAGCUUCAGACUCGCGGCUUAGCGAAGGGUUCUCCAUUCACACAAGGGACCAGCCUAAAACUUAUAAGCUUACAAACAACACAGUGGUUGGCUGUUGUGGUUUCCAUGGAGAUGUUCUUACACUAAUCAAAGUACUUAAAGCUAGGAUAAAGAUGUACCUCCAUGAACACAACAAAGAUAUGAGUAGUACAGCGGUGGCAGCAAUGUUAUCUACCAUACUCUACUACAGACGAUUCUUUCCAUACUAUGUCUACAAUAUCGUAGCUGGAAUUGAUGAUGAAGGUAAAGGAUGUGUUUACAGUUUUGACCCAGUAGGAUCAUAUGAACGCGAGCCAUUUAGAGCUGGUGGAUCAGCUAGCUCCAUGUUACAACCACUUAUGGAUAAUCAGGUUGGAUUUAAAAACCUGCCUAAAGAAGCUCGUGUUAAGCUUUCAAAGGAGCAAGUAGUGAAGACAGUGAAAGAUGGCUUUAUCUCGGCAGCAGAGCGUGACAUAUACACAGGGGAUGAAGUUGUUGUAAAUAUCAUAACUAAAGAUGGUGUCCAAGUGGAAAGAUUCCCUCUUAGAAGGGAUUGAUCUGAAAUAACUUUAGCAAACUGUAUCUUAUGAGAAAAUAAUUUGAAUAAACCAUAAAAUUGAAAGGACCAUAAAACUUUGCAAGUUUAUAUGUCAUUCAAUAAAGAGUGUUAACAGUGAUAUUAAAGGUUCAGUAAUUUCCAAUGUCUCAUUAUACAAUUUAAUUGUUUCAAAUGCUAUGUUUCCCAACAUAUGUGUAAAAAACCUUUUUAAAAUUGUUUAAAAGAAAACCUUGCUUCUAAGAAGAUUGCUUUUUGUAAGAACAUUUCAUUAUGGUGAAAUUUGGUUGAAAGAAAAAGAAAUAAACUUGCUCAUGCAUAAAGUGCUAUUCAUGCUUCAUGUUCUCAUGCAAAUAAAAAAUUGUUUAAAGA